AUGAAAAUUGACCAAACUAAGGAAUUAACAACAGGGUUAUACGAUUUAAGAAACAAGAAUGUCAAUGAAAUCGCCGAAAUAAUAAAAGCACAUAAAGAAAACAAACAAAAUAACUUAAGUAAAAUUGAUAAAGCAAUCGAAAUUGAAAAUAUAAAACAAAUGAAAAAGUUUGCAGAAAGUCAGGGCGAAUGCUUUAAUAUGUGUAGAAUGAACUUAAAAGAGAGAUUUAAAAAGGAUCUAGAGCAAUAUAAAAAAUUUAAUAAUAAUAAUUUAAAUUUUGAUGAAAAUAAUGUUAUUAAUUUAGAAAAAAAAUAUAAUAAUUUGGAGAAAGAGCUAUGCUUUGAUGCCUGCUCAAAGAAAUAUAAAUAUUUAUUUAAUGGAAUAGUAUGA